AUGAACGAGAAUGCUAAUCAGAAUAACAUGAGUGCAAAUAACAAUAAUAACAACAAUAACAAUAACAACGGCGGCGGGCAACAUCAGCCUGGUAAUCAUGGUGUCAACUUCUUUAGUAACAUUGGUACCCCGUCCUUUAACCUAUCCCAAUUACCACAACAAUUUUUACAAUCGCUGACACAGAGUCAAAUUCAAAUGAUUCAACAAAAACAUCAACAGCUGUUGAUGAGUCGUAUACAACAGCAACAACAACAGCAACAGGACCAAUCAUCACCUAUGAACCAACAUCCACAAAUGAACAUGCAACAGCAGCAAAGAUCACCAUCCUUGGGCUCACAGGCAGGCCAACAACAAAUGAGGACAAACCCUACAAACCCUAUGAAUACCAUGCCUCCACAACAACAGCAACAGCCAAUACGACCAAACUCAUCUUCAACAGGGACCCCAACUCUUAAUAAUGACAAUAACAUCAACACAGCAAUACCGCAAGCUUCUUCUCAAGGAUCACCGGCCGCCACCAACCCGCAAUUCCCAGUCACAUUACCAUUACAGAUCGCUCAAUUACCGUUACCUGCGCAACAUCACGUAUUGCAAGGCUUGAAACAACAGGCAAUGGCUAAGAAUAAUCCUGCAGUGGCAGCAGCCAUUACAAUGGCUCAACAACAAGUGCUACAGCAAAUCCAACAACAAAGACAAAAACAAGCAAUGUUGAAACAGCAACAAAAUGUAAAUACUACUGGUACUCCUCAACCAACGACAAUGACCACUGGUGCUCCUCCUCUUCCACAACAAAUGCAAAAUCAAACUCAAUUUGUUCCACCAAAUCUGACUCAGAAACAGGCACAACAGUUGAAAGCUAAACCAAAACAACGUCCAAAGCAAUCAAAGCAACAGCCACAACAACCAAUCCCCAAUAGCAAUAUGAAUCCUACAGUCCCAACCCCAUCGUUACCAUUUGUAUCCCAGUUACCGACAUUACCACAAUUCCCACCUCUUCCUAAAUUCCAAACAAUACCCUUUGACCCACCUGAGGCAAAGUUACCGACAGAGACAUACUGGUCCUCCCAAACGCCGAAUGAAGCCAAGACAGAAACGUUACUUUACGAGCAAUUAAUCCACAGAGACAAAUUGAACAAAAUAUCACAGGAGAAGAUGAAGCAGGGAUACGAACCAAUCAGUGUUCACGGACUGAGUAAUCAAGAGUACAUCACUAAAUUAUGGUCCCAAUUACGUUAUUACCAAGAUUUAAAGACAACAAGAAUGAAGUCCAUAACAAAUACGUCAAAGGGUAUAGCCACAGCAAGUAUUUGGGGAGAUGGGUAUUCUGGAUAUGGUAAUGGCGUUACUAAUACAGCGACGAAGAUUAUUAGCAACAAUACUGGUACUAAAACAGCGACAGCCAACAAAAAGAGGAAGUAUGGUAGUGAUGACCUAUGGAAAUUUUAUGAACAGGCAAUGAAUGAAACAUCGGAAGAUUUAGUACCACUUCGAUUGGAAUUUGAUCAUGAAAAGGAUAAGUUUUUUCUUAGAGACACUUUACUUUGGAAUAAAAACGACCAGUUAAUUGAUUUGAACGAAUUUGUCGAUGACAUGAUGAAAGAUUAUAAAUUUGAUCCGGCUCUUAGGGACAAAUUCGGCACUUCUGUACUGAAUUCCAUCAAGGAGCAACUACAAGAGUUUCAAGCAAACCCCUACCUUUCUAAAAGGAAACUAGGUGGGGAUGACUUACGUAUUAGAAUAAAAUUGGAUAUUAUUGUGGGUCAAAAUCAAUUGAUUGACCAGUUUGAAUGGGAUAUCUCGAAUCCGGAUAACUCCCCAGAAGAGUUUGCAGAAUGCUUAUGUCAAGAAUUGGAAUUACCAGGCGAAUUUGUUACUGCCAUAUCCCACUCCAUAAGAGAACAGGUACAUAUGUAUCAUAAAUCGUUGGCGAUCUUAGGCUACAAUUUUGAUGGAUCCCCAAUCACUGAUGAUGAUAUUAGAAGUAGAAUGCUCCCCGUCGUUACCGUCGAUGACAUUUAUAGACCUGCUGCGGAUACCAAAAUAUUUACACCAACUCUAAUUCAAAUUUCUUCUGCUGAAUUAGAACGUUUGGAUAAAGAUAAGGAUAGAGAUACAAGGCGUAAGAGAAGACAGGGUCGUUCUAAUAGACGUGGUGCGGUAAUGACCAAUACGAACAGCAGUAUGAAUUUACUAAAUGAUAUGACUAAUCUAAGUAAUUCCAGUAUCAACAUGAGUGGGAAUAUGAAUAAUUCCACUAUUGGUGGAAAUAAUUCCAAUUCAGUCCCUAUGGAAAUAUUAUUACCCGAUGUAGCUGAUAUUCCAAGAACUUUUAGAACCCCAGUACCAAGCACCAUCUUUCCUGGUGGUAUAGAUAUGGGUCCCUCUGUUUAUUCGUAUGAUUUAAAAACCACAGUAGAAUAUAAAUCGAGACCUCAACCUCAAAUGCCACCAUGCUAUAUUGUGGAUAACGUUCCAGGUAAACUUCUACUUAUUUCCAUUACUCUUCCUAAAUCGAAACCUAAACUCGAUGAUACACAGGAGACGGGCAAAUCUGCGGAUAAGAAUAUUCUUGACUCCCAUAAAUCUGUUGCAGCAAAGAAUGUUAAACUGGAGGGUAUAACAAUUCAAAAAGAUGGGACCCAAGAACAAAAACAAGAUGAAAAGACAAGACGUAGUACCACCGAUCCCCAAUUGCCAGAAGGACAAGCAGGUAAAUCAGAUGUAUCUACAGAUAAAACAUCGCUUCCAGCUCCACUCCCGGAACCAAUUCCACCGGCAAGUUUACCUCUACAGAAGCCAACUGAUCCGAAUAGUCCAACGACUCAAUAA